GGUGCUCGCGUGGAGGAGGGGAGAGGGAAUCCCUCGGACGGAGAGGGGACUCGUGAUAUCGCGAGGCUGUCACCGGCCAGUCUCACAGGGAAGUGGAGAGCGGUGGCGGUGACAUCAAUGAACCGGGAGUAAGAAAACGGUUAUUAACCGCGGUUUGACUCGCGGGACGGUUGAUAACGACGCGCACGUUCUACGUUUUUCCCUCCGGAGGUAACGGGGACGCGGCAAGAGGAGACGCGCAAGGCGGCAGCAAUGUCAAGGCGACCGCUGGACUCCAGGAAGAGGAGCGUCUCUCACUCGGCGACGAUCGGGUGUCACCCAGACCGGAUGCCACACCGGGACACGACCCAGGUCUAGGAGGUCUCAGAGCACCGGGACACGACCCAGGUCUAGGAGGACUCAGUACCAAGGACCACCAUGGACGACUCUGGGAUCAUACGGCGCCGCCGCCUGCAGAAGGAUUUGCCACUGCCCCGCAAGAACAGCAGCUGCAGGGCAAGCAACAGGAAAAGUCUGAUCCUGACGACCACGUCUCCGACCCUCCCUCGGCCCCACUCGCCCCUCCCUCUCCCUGGACACCUCGGAAGCAGUCCCCUGGACAGCCCCAGGACCUUCUCUCCCGGUAACCCCGCCCACUUCUCAUUCGCCUCCUCCAGAAGGGCUGAUGGUCGUCGCUGGUCGCUGGCCUCCCUGCCCUCGUCGGGAUAUGGUACCAACACACCCAGCUCCACGUCCUCAAGCUCUUCCCAGGAGCGUCUUCACCAGCUCCCCUUCCAGCCAACCAUGGACGAGCUCCGCUUCCUCUCCAAGCACUUCGGCAGCACGGAGUCCAUCACUGACGACGACGGCGGCCGCAGCUCGCCACACAUGCGGCCUCGCUCCCGCAGCCUCAGUCCGGGACGCUCUCCCUCCUGCUAUGACAAUGAGAUCGUCAUGAUGAACCAUGUCUACAAGGAGAGGUUCCCCAAGGCCACGGCCCAGAUGGAGGGACGCCUGGCGGACUUCGUGGUGACCUUCGCCCCGGAGAGCGUUCUGCCGCUGGCGGACGGCGUGCUGAGCUUCAUCCACCACCAGAUCAUCGAGCUGGCCCGCGACUGCCUGGCCAAGGCCCGCGACGGCCUCAUCACCACCGUCUACUUCUUCGAGCUCCAGGAGAACCUUGAGAAGCUGCUCAACGACGCGUAUGAUCGAUCAGAGAGUUCUGAGGUGGCCUUCGUCACGGAGCUGGUGAAGAAACUCCUCAUCAUCAUCUCCAGACCGGCCAGACUGCUGGAGUGUCUGGAGUUCAACCCUGAGGAGUUCUACCACCUACUGGAGGCGGCUGAGGACCACGCCAAGGAGGGCCACCUGAUGAAGACGGACAUCCCCCGCUACAUCAUCAGCCAGCUGGGCCUGACCCGCGACCCCAUUGAGGAGAUGGUGAACCUGGAGAGCUACGACAGCGAGGGCCCUCUCACGCCGGAGACCGACGACUCCACUGAGGGAAGGAUGCGUCCCAUGAAGCCACCGGAAGAGGCAGACUUCCAGACCAUCAAACUCAUCAGUAAUGGAGCAUACGGGGCGGUCUACCUGGUGCGUCACCUGGAGACGCGGCAGCGCUUUGCCAUGAAGAAGAUCAACAAGCAGAACCUGAUCCUGAGGAACCAGAUCCAGCAGGCCUUCGUGGAGCGGGACAUCCUGACCUUCGCCGAGAACCCCUUCGUGGUCACCAUGUUCUGCUCCUUCGAGACCCGACGCCACCUCUGCAUGGUCAUGGAGUACGUGGAAGGAGGCGACUGCGCCACCCUGCUGAAGAACAUCGGGGCGUUGCCCGUGGAGAUGGCCCGUAUGUACUUCGCUGAGACGGUGCUGGCCCUGGAGUACAUCCACAACUACGGCAUCGUGCACCGGGACCUCAAGCCCGACAAUCUGCUGAUCACCUCCAUGGGACACAUCAAGCUUACGGACUUUGGUCUCUCCAAAAUGGGGCUAAUGAGCCUCACCACCAACCUGUACGAGGGCCACAUCGAGAAGGACACACGAGAGUUCCUGGACAAACAGGUGUGCGGGACCCCAGAGUACAUCGCCCCGGAGGUCAUCCUGAGGCAGGGCUAUGGUAAGCCUGUGGACUGGUGGGCCAUGGGCAUCAUCCUGUACGAGUUCUUGGUGGGCUGCGUGCCCUUCUUCGGAGACACACCGGAGGAGCUGUUCGGACAGGUCAUCACAGACGACAUCAUGUGGCCGGAGGGAGAGGAGGCGCUCCCCGCUGACGCCCAGCACCUCAUCUCCACCCUGCUGCAGACCAACCCGCUGGCCCGCCUGGGCACAGGUGGCGCCUUCGAGGUGAAGCAGCACUCGUUCUUCCUGGAGGUGGACUGGAACAGCCUGCUGAGGCAGAAGGCCGAGUUCAUCCCUAACCUGGAGUCGGAGGAGGACACCAGCUACUUCGACACCCGCUCCGAGCGCUACCACCACGUGCACUCCUACGACGAGGACGACACCAACGACGACGAGCCGGUGGAGAUGCACCGCUUCUCCUCCUGCUCCCCGCGCUUCAGCAAGGUGUACAGCAGCAUGGAGCACCUGUCCCAGCUGGAGCACAAGCCCUCGGUGGUGACCCGCCGCGAGCAGAAGGUCCCGCGAGAGGAGCGCAUGGCCAAGAGGGAGAGCCUGGGCAGCCUGACGCUCAGGGAGAAGACCUGGAGGACCGGCUCACCAGAGAUGAAGCGGCUGUCGUGCUCCGAGGUCUCCUUCCCCGACAGCGACUCCAGCCCGCCGUCCGCCCGCGCCCGCCGCCGCUUCUCGGCGCUGAUGGACACGCACCGCUUCGCCUCGCCACUGGAGGGCGACGGCGAGACGACGCUGGGCGGCCGGACGCAGCAGAUGAAGACCAGGGGGGCCUCGCUGGAGGGGGCCCCCUCCUCCUGCAGCCAUGGGGACCUGAGGAGCAGCGCCAAGGAGGGAGGAGCGACAGACAAGCUCCUGCGGCCGGCCGAUGGCUCCGCCCCCAGCGGCGCUGCGGCCCCGGGGGCCCCCGAGGCCCCGGCGGGGGGGUCAGGGGCCCGGGGCGGGGCCACCAGCGAUCUGGUCCUCAGGAGGGUCCGCCACCAGCAGCUGUCGGUCGACGGGGACAAGCUCAGCCCGCGGCCCGGGGCCAAGGUCAUCAAGUCGGCGUCCGCCACCGCGCUGUCCGUCAUCAUCCCUGCAGUGGAGCAGCACGGGACCUCCCCCCUGGCCUCCCCCAUGUCCCCGCGCUCCGUGUCGUCCAACCCCUCGUCGCGGGACUCCUCCCCCAGCCGGGACUACUCGCCCACGGUCAGCGCCCUGCGCUCCCCCAUCACCAUCCACCGCUCGGGGAAGAAGUACGGCUUCACGCUGCGCGCCAUCCGCGUCUACAUGGGCGACAGCGACGUGUACAGCGUGCACCACAUGGUCUGGCACAUAGAGGAAGGAGGGCCAGCCCAGGAGGCGGGGCUUAGUGCCGGUGACCUCAUCACUCACGUCAACGGGGAGUCGGUCCACGGUUUGGUCCACACAGAGGUGGUGGAGCUCAUACUCAAGAGUGGCAGUAAGGUGACAGUGACCACCACCCCGUUUGAGAACACCUCCAUCAAGGUGGGCCCCGCCCGCAAGUCCAGCUACAGGUCCAAGAUGGCGCGCCGCAACAAGCGCACCGGGCCCAAGGAGGGGCAGGAGAAGAAGCGCUCCUCCCUGUUCCGUAAGAUCACCAAGCAGUCCAACCUGCUCCACACCAGCCGCAGCCUGUCCUCUCUGACACGCUCUCUGUCCAGCGGGGACAGCCUGCCCGCCUCCCCCACCCACGCCCUGUCGGCCCGCUCCCCCACACAGGGCUACCGGCCCGCCCCCGAGACCCCCUACCCCGGCCCCUCCUCCCAGAGCAGCACCCCGGCCUCCAGCACGCCCAACUCCCCGGCCGCCCAGCAGCACAUGCGUCCCAGCUCGCUGCACGGCCUCUCCCCCAAGCUGCACCGCCAGUACCGCUCGGCCCGCUGCAAGUCGGCCGGCAACAUCCCGCUGUCGCCGCUGGCCCACACGCCCUCCCCCACCACCUCCUCCCCCCCCCCGCUGGCCGGCCACACCCCCGGCUCCUCCAACACCACCCAGGCCUUCCCCGCCAAGCUCCACUCCUCGCCCCCCGUCUCGCGGCCCCGCCCCAAGAGCGCCGAGCCCCCCCGCUCGCCGCUGCUGCAGCGCGUCCAGUCGGCCGAGAAGCUGGGCGGGGGAGGGGGCGCCGGGGGGGGCUCCUCCUCCUCCUCCCACCACGCCUCCUCCUCCUCCUCCUCCUCCUCGCCCUCCCCGCUGACGGGGGGCGUGACCCUGAGGAAGCACAGCCUGGAGGUGUCCCACGGCGACUACCGCCGCGACUCGUUCCACUGCGAGCACAGCCUGCAGAGCCUGCUGGAGAUGGAGGGGGAGAACGGCCCCGCGCCCCCCUCCCCGCCCUCCUCCUGCUCCUCCUCCACCACCCCCUCCCCCCCCACCGUGGGGGAGCCGGGCGACGGGCUGCGGCCCGCCAGGAGGUACGGCCGGCAGGAGUCGCCGCUGAGCCGCGAGGCCCCCGCCCCCCCCAGGGAGAAGGAGAAGGAGAGGGAGAAGAAGGGACGCACGGCCGACUCGGAGACUCAGACCAAGGCGUCGAGCCUCAGGGCCGAGCCCAGGACCACCACCGCCGUGGACGCGCUCAGGUCGGCCCCCUCCGCCGGCCCACCGAAGAGUGCAGCCGCUCCAGCCGAGGCUAGACCUGGUCCCGGCCCGGCCCAGCCCGGCCCGGACAAAGCCGUUCCUGGAGAGAAGCGGCCCAGCGCCGGCUCACCUGGUGCCAGCACACCUGGCACCGGGGGUACACCCGCUCUGGGGGGCAUAACCAGCAAGACCCCCAGUGAGACCAGACCCAUCCAGGCCAGACCCCCUCUGGGGACCGGCGACCCGCCGCCGAGGGAGGGGGUGAAGGGCGCGGUCGGACCGCCGGCGACCAGACCGCCGGACAAGACGGAGGAGAAGGGAGGAGGCGUCGCCGGGAGAGACAAGGCGGGGGCCGCCCAGAAGUCCGGGAUCCUCGCGCCCCCAGACCCGUCCCGGGGGGGGUGGGACGGGGAGGUCAAAGGAGAGAUGAGCGGCGUGGACAAAACCGCCAAAGUCGCCAAAGCACCAGCGGCCCCGGGCCUCUCCCCCCCCCGCCCUGCCGCGGCCCCCCCGCCCCACAAACCCCAGAGGGGCUGCCAGGGGCCCCGGGAGGAGCGGGCCCGCCUGGAGGUGCUGGAGGAGAACCCCAUGUCCCCCUCCUCAGCCGCCGCCUCCCCGUGUUCCGCCCGGCCCCGCCCGGGCUCCCCCGGCGGGGGGGGCGGCUUCGUCACCACGCUCACCAGCGUGGCCAAGACCGCGCUGGGGCCCAUGAAGGGGCCCUCGCAGGACCCCGGGGCCAAGGGUCGCGACGGGCCCCGGGCCGGGGAGGAGAAGCGGGACGCGGCCGCAGGAAAAUCCGAGGCUUCGACUGGAGGCCGUCGCGGGGCCCAGCCGGGGGCCCCAGGUUCGGCCCCGGCUGAGAGGGGGGCCGGGAGAGGCACCAAGCCCUCCUCGUGAUGAGGGACGCUCUGAUGACUCCCAGGCCUCCGGUCGACGCCUUUACGCUCUGAAGAGACAAACUGUAGCAGCAAACAGCAAACGCCACUCGGCAAAAAACUAGCAGACUCCUCCCCCUGUUGAAUGAAGCAAACCUUUCACGCCAAGAAAACGAUUUAACAAACACUAGAGUUACGUAAUUAUAAAGUAAACAUACCUAAGGUGCAUCAACCACUGUUCUGAUAUAUGUGCAAACUGUGUUGUGUGUCUGUGUGUACCUUGGACCACGGUGUGUUGUGUAGAGUUAGAGAGCAGUGUGUGUCUUAAUGCAUGUUUAGUGCACUGUACAUGAUCAACUAAAAAAAAUAACAAUAUUUAAUGAGAGAAUACUACAGACCUUACGAUAGUUAACACUGUGAACACCUCGAUGACAGACCACCACCAAAAACAAGAAACACCUAGGAGCAUCUUCACCGUAACCUUCACGCGAAGAGGCCGCACCCUGACCAUCACCGGGCAUUACCCCUGACGUACGGGGACAGUAGACACCUGCAGAGCUCUUUAACACUGAGGAAACGGUCCUCAUUCACGCAGCCGCCAUUUGGGGCAACCUCGGUUCCUAACCCCAGCUGGACGAGGAACUGAAAGUGGAAGUUCCCCGAUCGUUCCCCAACCAGCUGGUGUCACUCAGGCCCAUUUGACCCGAUAUCUCCAUCACUCAAAGGUCACUGCGGUUGUUUGUUCCAAAAGCUCAAAACGACUUCAUGCUCGUCUUCUGAAAAACUCGAUUUUUAGUUUCUUGCACAGAACCGCUUGCUGCGGUCGGCGUGGCGACGGGGCGAGGUGACGGGUUUGUUUUGUUCGUGUUUAAGGGCUGUGUCUGGCGGCCUGCAAUAAGCGGAGCGAGCAGUUCUCCAGUUUAAGACGUAACCGAACUGUUUGUGAAUCGUGCAAUGAGAGUCCAGCCGUCCACGUGAAUACCUUAGUGUGUGUGUGUGUGUGUGUGUGUGUGUGCGUGUGUGUAUGUGUUUGAUGUAAAGGGGCUUCUGUCACAUGACCCGCGCUAAGAACCUACCGCACUGAAGGUACGUAGGCUAGCCCCCCCCCUCCCGUCUCUAUCGCUCCUGUGCGUUUAUGCAACCGUAGCAUUUUACGCCGUAGUCAGCGGAGAGACGUGAUUGGGUCGUAGUGGUGUUGUUGUUUACAGUGGUGUUUAUAAUGAUGAUAUGCAAUCCUCUAGUGCCCUAGUGAGUCGCAGUGCCCUGCAGUCAGUGCCCCAGUGCUACAGUGGUACAGGGGUAGGCCAGCCGUGCACGCCGGGAUUUAGGUUUCCAGCAGCUUCCUAGUUUUGACGUCACAUAUCUUCUCCUGCGGAACGCGCUUGACUUGAAACGACGUGUAAAGAUUCCCCCUGGUGUUAGACUGCUGCCACCUGGUGGACUGUGAGGAGUAUGACACCACGAGAACGAGUAGGAUGUGAGUGUUUAGCUUUAUUUUUUAGUGUUAGUGCGCGUCGCAGACUCGAUACCCGAUACCCGCGGAACUGUUCCUUUGCUUUUUUACCUUUACUCUUGCAGUCCGGAGCAUGACCACGUGAUCUAACGAUGCUUUGAACAUAUCGAACCGGAGGAAACGCAUUUUAUAUUUUAAAUGCCCAGUAAUUUAUUCAUGCGAGAGAAUGAGAAAAUUGCACUUUAUGUCUGAAAGUCUGAAAACUAUUUAUUCUUUUUUACUUUUUCUAAUUGAUGACCUAAUUUAUUUCAACGUGUUGGUGUGUGUGUUGAAUUACUGCUUUGCCACAGAAAUCCAGUUGUUUCGUUGUCUGACCAGAUUCGUUUUGCCGAUAUUCAUGUGUUUUUAUUUGUGUUGUUCUAUGAGGGUUUGGAUGUGUAUCUGUCCAUGUACGUCUGUUAGUGUUAGCCUAUUCUUUUUGUAUUAUAAUAACCACAUAAUUGUCCUCACUGUUGAACUCGCUUCAUGACCUUGUAACAGAUUCCAGUACCGUUUGGUGGAAAACUGAUGCAGAAAAUAAUAAUAAAAGCAGAGAUCGAUUGUU